AUGACAAUGGGUAAUGUCAGUCCUACUAAGCGCUUCCUCGUUACCUUCUUGCUUAUCACUCUGAGUUGUGAAGGUAUAGGAAAGUCAAUGCCAAGCAGUUUGAAGAAAGAAACCAAAUGUGCUGUGUUCGUGCCCGACGCGCGCACCAUAGUCCAGAAAAAUCCGGUCGCGGCCUCUCUCGGCGCUAAGACGAUCGAUAGCUUGCAGACCGAAGUGUGCCGAGACGGGAGUUGCGAUAUCAGCCUCUGCUUUGCUUUGGAUGGAAGUGGUUCUAUCUCGGCAGAAGAGUACCAGGUACAAAAAGAUCUCGUCAAGCUAAUAGCAAUUCUUGCCGCGCCUGCCAACGCUACUUUCUCCGCAGUGCAAUAUGGUUUGGCCAACGAGUUCAUCUCUGUCAGUACGUCUGAUCCAUUUGCGUUUAUGAAGUAUGUCGACAAUUCUGUGCUCCUGAGAGCUCCUCGCACAUUUCUCACUGCUGGCCUCGGGUUUUGUAUUUCGCAAGUGAACGAAAACCCGAAAGCAGGCGGAAAGAAGGUUGUUGUACUAGGAGAUGGGCGCGAUAAUUACAUGGAGUCGUCACUGGCAUUGGUGUUGAAGAGCGCGGAAUCAGUAGACAUCUUCGCUGUCGGUAUUGGUAACUCGCUGGACACACAAAAGUUGCUUGAAAUUACUGGUGGUCAAAAGAACCAUGUUUACACUGCCAGUAACUACGCGGAUGUUGGCCAAGUUGUCGUAGAUCUGGUUCGAGCGCUUUGCAGCGUUCCAGAGGCCGUUGAGGGUUAGGUGUUUUAUCGAUUUAAGGCGAACUGGACUUUGUGAUGUGCCUUAGUAUCUCAUUGUAUCCCCUUUUCGCCAGAAACCUUUGUCUCGUACCAUGAUUUCUGUUUGGCCUUACAACCCGAAGUAUUGAUAAUCGUGUUUCGUCUAGUAAAAGAAUAUGUGACCAGGACGUGAGA